ACAAAAUUGUGCAAACGUGCGUCCAUUUUCAGUCGUCUCAUCUCACAUGAACUUGAGAGCGGUGGGAAAUGCGUACAUGCUUAACCAUCUUAUUUCAUAAGGUUCCGCUGGCGGAAGGAUGCUGACGCGGCGGGUGUUCUGCAGCGCGCUGGUGAGUCAGGUGACUCGGCGCCUGUCGUUAAGCACCGCUCAGGAGACCAAAUUGAAGACCAAAUUUGGUCCGCUGAGCGACCAAGAUCGAAUUUUCACCAAUCUGUAUGGUCGUCAUGACUGGAGACUCAAAGGAGCUCUGAGACGAGGUGACUGGUAUAAAACCAAGGAGAUCAUUCUUAAGGGUCCAGAUUGGAUCCUGAAUGAGGUGAAAAUCUCAGGACUGCGGGGCAGAGGUGGAGCUGGGUUUCCAACGGGCAUGAAGUGGGGCUUCAUGAACAAACCCAGUGAUGGCAGGCCGAAGUAUUUGGUGGUGAACGCUGAUGAAGGGGAGCCUGGGACCUGUAAAGACCGUGAGAUCAUGCGCCAUGACCCUCACAAGCUGUUGGACGGCUGCCUGCUGGCGGGCAGAGCCAUGGGCGCUCGGGCAGCCUACAUCUACAUUAGAGGAGAGUUUUACAACGAAUCGUCAAACCUGCAGGUUGCCAUACAUGAAGCGUACAGAGCAGGCUUGAUAGGAAAGAACGCAUGUGGCUCUGGUUAUGACUUUGACGUGUUUGUGAUGCGAGGAGCUGGUGCUUACAUCUGUGGGGAGGAGACGGCUCUGAUUGAGUCUCUGGAGGGCAAACAAGGAAAACCCAGACUCAAACCCCCAUUUCCUGCUGAGAUAGGUGUGUUUGGCUGCCCAACUACUGUGUCAAAUGUGGAGACGGUUGCUGUGGCACCUGCUAUCUGCCGCCGAGGGGGGGCUUGGUUUGCCAGUUUUGGGAGGGAACGGAACUCCGGGACCAAGCUGUUCAACAUCUCUGGUCAUGUGAACACGCCGUGCACAGUUGAGGAGGAGAUGUCGAUCCCCCUGAGGGAGCUCAUCGAGAGACACGCAGGUAGAGGCACGUUACAUUCUGCCUGUUGCCUUAUUCAUGAGCUCAUGACGUCCCCCUUCUCUCCUGUGAUUGGUUCAGGGGGUGUCAGGGGCGGCUGGGAAAAUCUUUUAGGAGUGAUCCCAGGGGGCUCCUCUACUCCGAUCAUCCCUCGGCAUGUGUGUGAUGAUGUAUUGAUGGAUUUUGAUGACUUGGUGCGUGCAGAAACAGCCCUAGGCACCGCUGCCGUCAUAGUCAUGGAUAAAUCGACUGAUGUGAUUCGCGCCAUUGCUCGUUUAGUUGAGUUCUACAAGCACGAGAGCUGCGGACAGUGUACCCCCUGCAGGGAAGGAGUACACUGGAUGGACAGCAUGAUGUGGAGGUUUGUGAAAGGAGACGCCGCUCUGUCAGAGAUAGAUAUGAUCUGGGAGCUGAGCAAGCAGAUCGAGGGCCACUCCAUCUGUGCCCUGGGGGACGGAGCCGCCUGGCCUGUGCAGGUACCAUCAGUGCUGUUGAUAGUGACAGCCUGCUGGUUUGCCAAUGGUCAUGCCAAACUUGUUUUAACUCCUGGUUUAAACCUUCUCCUUAAUUCUCAGGGACUCAUCAGGCAUUUCAGACCAACAAUGGAGAGUCGCAUCGCUGAGCACAACAGAAAGCACACACCCAGAGAAACAGACAUGAAAAUGAUUUCAACACCCUCACGCUAAAAUCUUGCAAAAGACUUUGCAGUGGGUUACUGAGCAUUUUUCCCCAAUUAUAAAGAAUGGAGUUGACAGAAACAAAUUUGUGUUUAUUUCAUGAAAGUUGCUCUGACUACACACAAGUCAAAUGUGUACAAAAAGACCAGUGGUGUACGAGUGGAGCUGAAAUAGUAAAGAAGUUCAGUAUGACUUUAAAUCCAAAGUAAAUGCUGCACAACAUCCACCCCAGGCCCUGUCUUUUCAAACCGCUCUCCUGAUAACUUGGAAGUGUUUUAUGAGAAGUCCUUUCCAUGAGUUUUAAAAUGACGGCCAAAAAAAGAAGCUCAGGAUCAAACCUGGAACAUAGUGUUGAUGCAUGUCGUCAGUUCAGGCUCUGAUUGAGAGCAACCGCUCAUGGUGCCAUCCAGAACGGCAUCGGCGGUGGCUGCUGCUGUUGCUGCUGCGGCGGCGGCUGUGAUUUUGGACGAAGAGCUGUGGGAGGGGGACAGCGAUACCCCGGUGUCCAGCCUGAGGUCGUGGAUGUAGGGGGGGCUACCACAGGGUUACCUGGCCCUGGGGCUUUAGAGCUGGAGUGGUCUUCCUCUUCAUCAGACGAAUCCCCGCUGUAUGCUACCAAACCUGUUUUCACACGCUUCACUGCAGGCUCUGAAUAAGUUGAGUGGGGAGACAAGAACAACAGGAGAAAGAGAAAUACAGGGCAAAACAGCAACACAUCAACAUCCGUUAUUGAAACAAUCGGGGAAAACAAGUUAAAUUGUGCAUGUCAACACAGGAGAGGAUGGAGGACCAUCCGAAAGCAGUCAGUGGAUGGUGGGGGGUGACAGCAUGAGGGCCAUCGCAUCGAGUGGCAGGACAGUCAUGCCCCCAAACAGAUCCAGCAUCACCCCCAGAGAUACAUGGAAGAGAAGAAAAACACAGAGGAAAAGAGAAAAACACAAAAACAGGAGAGGGUGUCGUUAGUGGGGAAAACAAACCCAGACUGAUGAUUUACUCAGAGCCGACUGCUAAUAAAAAACCAUUGUUUUUUUUGUCAACAAACUAACUUUAGUUUCAAAAUACCAGCAGCAAAAUAGUAAAAAGAACGUUAGUACAGGUUCAGUCCAAGGGUUCCGUUUGCCUCUCUACAUUAGGCUACAGUGAGCUGGUCCCUGCGAGCUCACUAAAAACUGUGGAAACAGGCAGGGUGACUUAUCCCUCCACAUUAUAGUGCACUUACCCACAGAGCCUUGCGCUGCCCUCCUGUCUUCUGGGAUCUUGGGUCUCACCCCGUUCACCGACAUCACAGGUGGAGGCAUCAGCUGCCGACUAGGGAACACAGCAAUGUCAUCUACAUGCCACAGUCCGAUGUCAAUUGAUGGUGAUGGGAAGGCUUUGCUGUACCUGUUCCUCUCACUCUGCAGGCCAGAGGAACUCUGUGGUGGGGGUCUACUUGUCUCCGGGCUGCCCACUGAGAAGCCUGCACCUAAAUUAGUCAUAUGAAUGGGUCCAUGCUAUGAGCAGAAAAACACACAGUUGCCAUUAGCAGACAUCCUCGUCUAGACCCUCACCUGUCACCUCUUUUUGAAGCUAACUGCCACAAUAUCUAAAGUACUUCACUGUAUCAAACAGUGAAAGAAUGUCAGUGAACAACUGUCCACAGUGGGCAUUUGAAUUCUUUCAAUAAAGACAGGCUGCACCAUCAAAAGUACUUUCAUAAGACCUUGCUGGUUCGCUCCCCACUCUUCUGUCAUAUGAGAAUCAAGUUCAAUUGAAGUGAAAGUUGCUUUUAUGUCAUCAGGCAGAUGUAAAAACAGGACGUUCAACCUGUAGACGUUGUGAUUACCUGAUAUCCCAGCAGCCCACUGUCCCUCUCGUCCGGCACUUCCUCUGUAAAGCGACGCUUUUGGGGUGCGCUUACUGGCACAGCAGGAGGUGGAGGAGCUUUGGGAGGAGCUACAACUGAAGAAACGAACGGCACAGGAGGAAGAGUCUGCAAGAACGGCAAUGUUACUUUUUACAUGUUAUUAAAGCCAUCAGCAAACAUGGUGAGGCUCAUUCCUCACAAGUGUCACAGUCCAAACUAGGGAUGGGCAAUAUGGACCAAAAAAGUUAUUGUGGUAAUUGUUGUAAAGUCGGCGAUCACGAUAGUUAUCACGAUAAAUGCAUUAUUGAGUCGUCUGUCUGCUGUAUCUCAUGUCUCUCAAUAGACUAUGGACCAGUCUGUACACAUUUCCUAGAUGCUAUUGAAGAAAUAUUAGAAAUCAUGUGAAUAAAAUCAUCAUUUAGUCAUAUUCUAUUCUCCAAAUAGAAUCAUGCUAACCAUCAGUCCUUUGUCUUGUGUGAUGAAAAACCUUUUCACAAUUCUCUCUCCUAAAAUUUUUCAUUGCCUAAUUGAAGAUUUCACUAAUACUUUGACCCAUCACAAUUUGUUGUUGUUCGCAGAAGCGCCAGGGCAGU